AUGGGACUCCAGCAUCUGAGCCUUUUGAAGCUGCUUUGCCUCCUAGGGACCAUCUCCUCUCUGCCUCGGGCUGGGGCUCUUUUGUGCUAUGAAGCAACAGCCUCACUCUUCAGAGCAGUUACUCUCCAUAACUGGAACUGGCAUCUGAUGAGGAGCAUGGUGUGCCAGCUGAGAGAGGGCUGCGAGGAGACCCUACUGUUCAUCGAGACAGGGACCAAAAGGGGAGUUGUGGGUUUUAAAGGCUGCACCCCAGCCUUAUCUUACCCCCCGCAAGUGGCUUACCUCAUUUCACCACCUGGAGUGUCCAUUGCCUCCUAUAGCCGCGUCUGCCGGAGCUAUCUCUGCAACGACCUGACCAACUUGGACCCUAUUGUGAAACUCAAAGCCAACACUCCUUCGUCUAUAGAAUUUUCUUCUCAUACUUGCCCCACUUGUGUGGGCGAGCACACUAAGGACUGCCUCCCAAAUUUUGUCGCCACUGAAUCUUGCCCCCAGGGCGCCUCUGUGUGUUACAGUUCCACCUUAAAAUUUCGGGCAGGGCAUCUCAAUACUACCUUUCUCCUUAUGGGCUGUGCUCGUGAUUAUCAAAGGCUUUUAGCAGAUUUUCGGACAAUAGGGAGCAUCCGAGUGACUGAGGUUCGUAACAUCUUGGAGAAGGCCCAGAUUGUGAGCGGAGGGCCCUCCAGUCGGAGUCCUGCAUAUGGCGUCCUCUUAGGCCUCCUGCUUGCCUUCAGGGACUGA